AUGGUAAUGUGUAAAAGACCCGAAGACGCCGAACAAGCGCGGAUCAGCGCUCAGGUUUCUGGUUUUAUUGGUUUUCUUGGUUGAUUUUGUGAAGAAAUAUGUUCAAAUUUUUUUGUUUUACUGUUUCGAGGCACAAAGGUCUUACCCUUCUCAAUGAAAAAUUGAGAGCGACCCUUCGCCUCGAGACCUUUGUGAAAUUUGCCCAUGCGCCUAUAAAUGCCUCAGCAAUUAUUUUUUUAAGCGGAUUAUACAUUUUUUUGAAAUCAAAUUUGAAAUGCAGUUUUUUUCCAUUUCACUUUAUUAACAAACUUUCUGAAAAGAAGGACUUGAAGAAAAAAAUUUGAUUCCGAGCCACUAUUUUUUCAAAAUGAAACAUUAUUUUAAAAGUUCUAGUUUAUUUUUUUGUAGAUUGAUCGACAACUUCGUCGUGAUGCCAACAACGAGAUUGGCAAUCAGAAAUUGAUACUUUUAGGUUCGUUUUUUUUUUUCAAAAGAUUUUCGAGAAUAUUUUUUUAGGUACUGGAGAAUGCGGGAAGAGCACUGUCCUCAAACAAAUGAAGUUCGUUUUUGAUGAAAAUGAUUUUCUCCCGGCUUCUUUGGGUCGCAUUAAGAAUGGCUCAAAGAGUAUGGUUAAAAGAUUGUAGCGUUUAAAAAGCACCCGUCCUUGUACGGUUUGCGCAUGACAAAGCGUCUGCAACCGCGGUGCUCUAGGCAAUUCCAAAUGCGACCAUUUUAAGUUGCGACGAAGGAGUUUAAAAAUUUUUAACCUUAUAUUCAAUCAUUUUGAGGGUUUUCAACUUUUUUUCCCUUUUUUUUUCAAACAGUUUACAAUAACCUUACAGUAUACUUCACAAAGACGGUUUUUCCGAAACCCAACUGGCGCUGAUGGCUGGCGCCGUCUACAGUAAUCUCGUCAGCGGAAUGGCCAACUUGUUGAGGGCUCGCGAGACUUUCAUGUAUCCCUUGAGUGACUCCGAUGCUGAUGUGAUUAUUUAUUCAAUUUUCUGUGGAAAGUGUGCUCUGUCGAUAGUUUUUGGUUUCUUUCGGUUCAACAACUCGGAUUUGGUAAACGAAAACUUUGGGACGCAACAUUUGUAAGCGAGAGAUCAACGGCGGCCGAAGAGACGCAGAAUUCUCGACGUGUUGCGUCUCUGCAGCUUUUGAUGUUCUCUCGUUUGCAAAUUUGAAACUAAGAUUUCUUCUCCUUUCCUUAGUUGCCGGCUUUUAGUGAGCUUUUCUAAUUGAAAAGUAUUUUUUCAAUUUUUUCCAGGUCUUUUAGUCCAUUGAAAAAAUAUUCCGAUAGCUCAUUAAUAAUUUUUCUCAUUAAAGAAUUUUGAGGAUUCUCAAAAUUUUCAGAGGAACGUUUUUCGAUUCAAAAUGCUUUUUUUUCCCAAAUUUCAAACUAUUUUAAAAGAGAAAAAAGUCGCUUUGAGCUUUCUGAUUGCCAUGAAAAGCGGGGUUAUUAGAUAAUUGGGAGAUAAUAUUUUGAAGUCAUUAAAGUGCGUCAGGUAACGUUCAAAAACCAAAUUUCUAUUGUUGUUCGUUUAGAAAUGAACUUUAGUCUGUUCAGAUUUUGUCAGGCAGUUAACUCCGCCCUCCGCAGGCACAGUAGCCUUUUCCGUCGAUUUAGUUUUUCGCACGUGAGGAUGCUCCUUUAAUAAUUGCUCCAUUUUUUUUUGAUCAUUUUUGAUCUAAAAGCUAGAAAAAAAAAAUUAUAAAAUAUACAUAAUCUUUGCGCACGAUAAUUAAUCGACGCGAAAAGCUGAUUUUUAGGGGCAGAGUUAGCCUCUUGACAGUGAAAAUCUGAUCAGACUGACUAGGGAACUACUCGGACUCGGGUACGCGUUUGGAGUUGAAACUUUGGUGGCUUAUAGACCCGGGUAAGAGUACUUGGAAACAAGAGAGAUUAUCUGCUAAACCCCAUAGGCUUCUGAAAAAAAAAGCCUCUUGAAAAUGAACAGUUUAGGCUUGAAAAUUAUCAAAUUUUUGCUUUCCACCUUUUUUUUUACUGGAAAAAAAGCUUUUUUUAGUGUUUAUUAUAGCGAUAUCAUUCAAGGCGAUUGUAUUAAAAUAUAAAAUAAGGUAAAAAGAAGUAUUCUGAAAUUUUUCAGGCCUAAUUUUCACACUUUCUAUUAAUUUUUUCUCAGUUCUCUAUUGGGUUUAGCAGAUGUUCUCUCUUGUUUUCAAGUAUUCUGACUUGGGUCUAUAAACCACUAAAGUUUCAACUCGAAACGCGUACCCGAGUCCGAGUAGUUCCCUAGUGAGAAUGCCUAGGACUUGUCAUCUCACGUCUUGCAAUCUGAAAAUAGCUCAAACUCCUUGUGAAUGUCCGAAAUCUCUUCAGAUGGACGCCCGAAGGAUAAUGGCUCUGGCGGAGAGUGGCAAGGAACAUGAGCCCUUCACGAACGCCGUCUACAUGGCUCUGAAGAAGUCGGUCUUUUUUCUAUUCAAUUUCUCAGCUCUGUGGCUCAAAUCGACCUAUUUUUCCUAUUUUCCAGCUUAUGGCAGCAGCCCAACAUCCAGAGGACGUACCAACGUCGGGCGGAGUUCCAACUCGGCGACUCGUUUGAGUACUUUAUGCUUCAUUUGGACCGGAUCAACGACCCCGAGUUUAAGCCCACGCCCGAAGACGCUCUUCGCAUCCGCGUGCCGACGACUGGCGUCGUCCAGGUCCAUUUCAAGAUCAAGGGAUGCCUCUUUCGGUGAGUUUGUUGGGAGUCUUGGAACUCUUCUGUUGGUUGACUGGGCCUGCGAUGCUGAAUUGGGGGUUACUCGGAUAGACCUGAGCUGCUGAUGAGACGGGGCGACCUCGGGCGACUGCUUUGAAGUGCGGGCUGACCCGUGGCGCCCCGUGAACAGGUCUUGGAAGCCAGAUUUAACACGACGCGUUGAACCGCUUUUGCAACGCCGUCCACCCGCAGACCUUCUUCGCCCCGCUGUUCACCUACUGACAUUUUUCGUCUCGUUGAAGACGCGUCGCUCACCCCACCCGGUGACCCUCUAGGUCCCGCUGUUCACGCCGCGUCUUUCACAAGCCAACCUUAUAUUUUUCAAAAAUUUGACUUAAUAACAAAACUUAUGCAAAUAUUUGUCUUCUAUAGAUACAUUUUCCUCCUUAUAAGUUUCUUUCGCAGAGUUUUCGACGUCGGAGGUCAACGAUCAGAGCGCCGGAAGUGGAUCCACCAUUUUGAUGACGUCAACGCGAUCAUCUUCAUCACGGCGAUCAGUGAAUUCGAUCAGACCCUCAUGGAGGAUGGCAAAACGGUAAUAGUCUCCAGUGACCACUUGAGUGUCAUUGAUUUUUCCCCAGAAUCGUCUCGUCGAAUCAAUGGACCUCUUCGCGCAGAUUUGCAACAGCAAAUGGUUCGUCACGGCGGCAAUCAUUUUGUUCCUGAACAAGAAGGAUUUGUUCGAGAAGAAGAUCAAGAGCGUCCCGAUCUCCUACUUGUUCAAAGAAUACAAGGGUUGGUAAGGAAAAUCGUUGAAAAAAAUUCGAUGAAUUCAACUCGCUUAUAAAACCACAGUUUCACUGAGUUUAUUGAGUUAAUUUAUUUUUCUUAGUUUUUGAUUCAACGAAUAUAGAACACGAUUAUUUUUCCAAGUUUCGAGUGCUGCAUUAGUGACCACUUGAAUUAUUUUCGUCGCGUUUGAGAUGGUUAAACGCGUCGUAAUGGCUCUUCGAGUUCUGUGUUUUCAUGCCGACGCGCGUAAGUCGCUGCUUGGUCCGUCGCAUCUUCAGUGACUGCUCCGCAGCCGCUAAGCCAUUCUCAAUGCGACCAAUUUUCACUGAGCUGAAUCAUGAAAUUAAAUAUAAAUGAUAACAAUAACUAGCCUAAUUUUCCAAGGUUUUGUGAAGAUAUUUUAAAAACUCGCUACAUCCUCAGUAAUUGAAGUGGAAGAAUUCUGUGAUACGGUGGAAUAAAACUUACGAUUCUCGAAACGAUUUUUUCCAAAUCAAACGAGGAAUUUGAUGUUAAUAAAAAAAUUUUUUCAACCAGUAAAAGUUCGAAAUAUCAACUCAACUCAUAUUUAUUCAGGUGAAAACGAGUACGCGCCGUCGAUAGAGCACAUUAGGUAUCAAUUUGAGAAGCGCAACGAGCAUCCGCAGACGAAGAAGAUCUACCCGCAUGAAACUUGUGCGACGGACACGAAUCAGGUCAUCAUUCAGAGAAUAGAAGAUGAACAAAUGGAAAAGAAGUUUCUACUUUGAAACUAAACUAAAAAAGCUCUAAAUUCACUGUUAAAAUCUACAAAGGGCGCUAAAGAGGUUCCUCAAGAACUACGGGGACAGGUCAAGAUAUCGCCCCAGCGCAAAGCUUAGUUGAUCACACGGGCUCCAAUGAGGAAAAAUUGAAUUUUUUUUAAAUUUUGCUCUCCAAAGCGGGAAAUUUGACUUUACCAUACGAAAACGAUUUCGAAUAGCAUAACUAAAAAGUUCUCUCAAAGUAUUAUAUUCCUAAAGUAGCCAAAGCUCCCAGCUACCGUAGUCUUUUCAUGCUAUAAUGACACAAAAAAUCAAUAACUUUCAAAUUUUUACAGGUCCAACUUGUCAUCGACUCGGUCAUCGACAUGGUGAUUGCCAAGAACUUGCGAGGAACGGGAAUGGAAUAA